AUGAAAAACGCCUUAAUGAGCAUUAGAUACAAAGAAGAUGAAGGAGAAAAUAUGAUCAACAGUUUUGUCGAAAAAAUGUAUGCAACAACCAGUAAGAGACAGGGGCGGCAAGAUGAGCAGCCCAUUCACCUCUUAGGACCCGUGCGAGAAAAACGUAUUCCCCGCAACCGCAAGAAGGAAUAUGGGAAAGGCCGAAAUGCGCCUGAUAUGGUCAUUCGUCACUCCUUCGGUUCAGCAACAGAACUUAAAGCAAAAGGAAUACAUUUCAAGUCUAGCAGUACAUGUUAUCUAACAGACAUCAGCUUCACUUCGUCCUUUGGCUAUGGACAGUUGACACUUCCUCCAAUUGUAUCUGGCGGGACCUCCCAGUCCCUGUUAUUGAACAUGAUUGCAUAG